AUGUCAGCCACAACCACGUGGCCCGUGGAGCUGACGCCGCGCCCGGCGCCGGCACCGCUGAGACGUUCAUAUAAUUACUUUGUAACUAACAAAGUUGCACCGACUUCAGGAUCAGCUUACACAGAUGGCUAUUUUACCCCUAAAUAUGCAUUAGGCAUGUAUUGUCUAAGUAGCGCUGGGACACGCGCAGCGCCGGGCGGCGGACGACGGACGGCGGGCGGCGGCGAGGCGCGCUCCGCCAACUGUGUCAGUGGAAUAGAAAAGACGUUAAUUAUAAUAACUCGUCGCUGCUCUCGC